UCUCCAACAGCACUGGACACAUACUUGUGGUGACUAAACCGUUGUCCACAAUUCUUUCAGCAUCAAAUUACUGUUAACGUGGAGGAAAAAAACGAGAGAUACAAUAAUCUGAAGAGGUCGGGUUAUCUGAAUUGCAUUUACGAGGGGAUAUACGUGCAAAAGAAAAUGAACUAGACGAGUUAAAUGCAGACAAAACAUCAGUAAGAGGCUGAUACUAUCGCAGACGGGAACCACCGUUUAUUUCAUUAGGUUGAUAUAUUUCAAAAGGAUUAACAAUUUGUGAGAGUGUUGGAGAAUUGUUGGAUGCAUGAAGGUGCUCGAGGGAUUUCUUUACUAACAGAAAAGUGGAAUACCAAGUGUUCUAAAUGGAUCAUGACCUAACCUAUAAAACUCUACUCAAUAGUAUUAUUCCAAACAAACUUUUCAACGAUAUGGCUUGUGAGGCUUGUUCGACCAAAUUUACGUUGUUUAAAAGGAAAAGACAAUGCAAAGACUGUCUGAGAUUCUACUGCACAGACUGUGUGAUACGACGUGGCGACAGAGUGUUGAGCUGUGAUAACUGCAGUAUGCUCUCUCGGAGACCAUUAAUCAGAUCUCAGGUGCUAAAGAUGAAGUCAAAAGAUCUUAAACAGUAUCUCAUUGCAAAAAAAGUAUCACUAAGGGGAUGUGUAGAAAAGGAAGAUUUAAUCAACAUUUUAAUGAUAUAUGCGAAUGGAGCUGACAGCCAAAUGAGCAACGAAACGACUGAAACUAUUCCAAAUAAUCAACAAAGUAGACAAAGACCAAAUACCCUUCCGGAUUCACCGCCAAGACGCUCAAGAAGUCCUCCAGUACCAGUUCGGGAAGUCAUUGAAAGUCCAGACGAAGAAGUACCACCCUCAUCACCUCCAAGAACUCAUCCAGACAUCGAUAUCAUAGAAAUUUCGUCUGAAGAUGAACAGAGCCCGACGCAGGGACCUGAGCCAGUCGUGACUGAGCAUGAUCACGAUCAGGAGACAGAAACGAACGAACCCACCAGUCAAAAUGGCUCCAGAGAAUCUCACAGUGAUGAGACUUCACCAGUUUGCACGGAAAUCCCCACAUGGACAGGAAUUGUUAAAAUUACGGAUGUCAAUGUACGUUCAGAUCUGGAGUAUUUGAAUGUAAAACAGUUGAAAGAUCUCCUCAGAACGAAUCGUGUGGAUUUCCGUGGAUGUGUGGAAAGAUCGGAGUUGUUGGACAGAGCGUCGAGACUCUGGGAUGCUCACAAGCAGUCACGUGAAGAUUGCACAGCAGCAGACACAAAUGCUGCCGAAGGUCCCUACGAAGAAAGUUUAUGCAAAAUCUGUUGGGAUUCUCCCAUCGAAUGUGUAAUCCUCGAGUGUGGACAUAUGGCUUGCUGCAUAGAGUGCGGGAAACAGAUGAGUGAAUGCCCAAUCUGUCGACAAUACGUUGUGAGAGUCGUUAGAUUUUUCAAGGCAUAGAACAAAAAUAGUUACAAAUAGAAAGGUGUUGCCAAAGGCAACACUAAUACCAUCAUUAGAAAUUGGAAAAAAACAAAGACAGAGAUUCGUAAGAGCGCUGAUUGUAUAUCAAAGAUAACGAACAGUGAGAUUCUCCUUUUACAUUGUUUGUCACGAUGAAAAACGUUUUUUGGUUAAUGGUAUUUUUUUAAUUUUCUCCUAGAGAAUCUUCUGUUCAUUUUUUUCUAAUUAUUUUCUUUCUCUGUGCUUUAUUGAUCAAUGUGAUUGAACUGGUCUUCAAGGACAUAUCGAAGUACUAAAAACUUGUCAACGAAAGAUGGAUAUAAUGUUAUAACAAAAUAAAAUUAUUUAUCGAUA